UUUGGUUGCAUCGGCUUGACGCGAUAAACAGGCCUUUUCACUUUCUGGACUAGCAAAUCUUGCUCGUAGGCGUAGCCGAAGCGGUGGUGACCUUCCAAAUUCAAGUCAUCCCGUUGGACGAUGAUGGUCUUCCUCGCGCUGUGAGUAUUAUUUCCCCAAACCCUAGCACAGCCUACAGGAGAAGACCAGAACACACCACGGACCGCUCGACGCCGACGGCGGGCCAACGACGUCGCGCCCCUCCCGAACAGGCCCCAUCGCUUCCUCCGCCUGCUCGCCGCCAUCCCAAAAAUCUCCCGGCACUGUCGAGGCCUCGUCGCCGCCCCCCCGUCCUUUAGACCACCACUACCGACCUCCGAGAAGCGGAAAUCUGCAAUCCAACACCAAACCCCAUCCCCGAUCCGCGACCAUGAUGCCGAGACGACCUCGCGCCCGGAGGCGGAGGAGCCGCAGGACCCCGAUGCCGAGGCGGAGGCCGUCGCGGGCAAGUACUGGGCCCACCGGCACAGCCUCUUCUACCUCUACGACCGCGGGGUGCGGAUGGACGCCGAGGAAUGGUACUCCGCCACCCCGGAGGCCUCCCGCGCCGCGCCCGCCGGCCUCGUCGUCGACGCAUUCGCCGGCGUCGGCGGCAACUCCAUCCAAUUCGCCGCCAGGGGUUGCUACGUGGUCGCGGUGGAGAUCGAUCCCCACAAGGUGGAGCUGGCCAGGCACAAUGCGAGGAUCUAUGGGUUGGAGGACAUGAUCGAGUUCGUGGUCGGCGAUUUCUUUCGGCUUGCGCCUUACCUGAAGGGGGAGGACGUGCAUGAGGCCGUCUGGGAAGGUCGCAUUGAAGUUCGUGAAGAUGUUUUGCAGGGUGAAAGCGAUGAACUCGCACCCGCAAAAAAAGACGCCCCCGAGAAGAUGGUAAACGUUGAAGGGGUUGGUGAAGUGGACAACAAUACCCUUCUGGAUGACGCCAUCUCUGGUGGUCCACUCGUCGAUCCGGUUCUUCCCGGGGGAGCCCUUAGGGAGGUGGUUGAAGCCAACGUUGAGGAAGAAGGCGACCUCCACGUCGAGAACGCCGAUAUGCGGAGGCUGCUCUCUACGCGGACCACAACCUAUCCUGUGAUGCUUGCGAGUACAUUCAAAGUACUCACCUGGCUUAUUAUGAGGCCAAACAUGGAAGAAGAUCAAGAUACCAAAAGAAGUUACAAUGCUAAGUAUGGGAACUAGGGCGCAACCCAACCUAUUGGGUUUGGCAUACCGUUGUGCUCUGAAGUUACGUUGCUGUUUCUUCUGCAAGACUUGUGUUUCUCACCUCUAUCAGGUUGUAGCUCCAGAUCCGACUUCAUUUUAUAUUUACAUGUAAGUAUUUAUUUAUUUAUGUAUGUUGGGACUAGUACAACAUACAUGGAUGGGUGUUCUGGUUGUCAUACCGGAGUCCCCAAAACAGCACCCAAUCUGUUGUUACCUCACAAUCACGUAAUACUCAAUUUCUAUGAAUACAACUUAUCCAACUAUGUACCUGGACAUGCAGUCAUACAAACGACUGUCAAGUAAUUUAUUGUUCUGUUGUAGCAACUUUGGACCAGGGGAGGGGAUGACCUGGUGAAACAGAACUGGUGCACUAAUCUUGUACUUUUCUGGCAACUUCAGGGUGUUCGUAUGAGGAAAAAGGUAUUGGAGGCUGAGGAAUUGAAUUGAGCUCCAAUUCCAAUUCACCCAAGAAUCUGAAUUGGGCUGGAAUGCCAAUUCCAUUGUUUGGUUUCUCACUGGAUUGGCUGAUGGAAUUCAAGGGAGAGACCAAUUCCUAUUCCUGAUUCCAGGCCAGAAUACCUACAUCCAAACGUAGUGUUGGGGCAUUCCGUGGAGAACUGGAGAUCCUAGUUGUUUGUUUCUAAAAUUCUUAGCAGGCGUACUGAUCUUGAAGCCGAAUUCUGCCUUAGUUUUCAGCAUGUUAAAGAUGGCCGGUCCCUAUGCACGAGCUCGUGGCUCCCGUCGGCUCGGAAAAAAGGAGCGAAGGAAGAUGAACUGAAGGAAUGGACUAGUACCUACUUAAGCGACAGUGGAAGCCAGAGAGUGGCUUUUCAGAGCGAAGCAUUGGAGGUUGGAAGUGUUCUGUUCUCGCGGCUGAACAAAUCCAUCUCCAACUGCGCCACUAAUGAAAAUGAGUAUUCCAGUUCUAAUGUUGCUGUUCAGUUUGUGUCCUUAAAAAGUACUCGGAUACAUAAAAAGUGUCGCCUAUUUUCUUUUUUUUGAAAAAGGGAAUUUCCCCGGCUCCAUUAACGAAA